AAUCAAGUUCGAUUUUUUGUUCGAAUCGAAUCGAAUCAGAUCUUGGAUCUUCACAGACAAGGCACAAACCAACCUCUCAGUAUCUCGACAGCCGCUUGUGCUUCUUUGGUCUUGCUGAUUGGAAAGAAGAUGGGACAUCAGCUGAUGAUGAUUCUACCAGUCCUUUUGGUCUCGGUCCUUUGCUGCAUGCUGGCAGAUGUAUCCGAUGCUGCUUGCCAAUCUUGUGUUUUCCUCUCAGCCCAUCAUCACCACCGAAAAUCGUCCAUGGCCCUCUGGGGACGAGUAUCGGGAGUUGUCGCACAAUCUGCUAUAAGGAUUCCAACGUUGAGAGGCUUUGCGGUGCAUAACUUGUAUCAGAGCGUUCGAUCCAAGCCUGUGAUUGCCGCGGCAGCAUUUGGAGUAACUGCCACCUGUUUCGUGCCACGGGUUGUCCAUCGGCGCCAUCAUUAUUCACGGGUUCUGGCCAGCGACAGCAGCAAAGACACGACAGCGGAUGAUGAAGAAACAACACCACAAGAUGCCGAAUCGGACAGCGAUGCCAGUACCAGUAAACCCAGCGCACCGGUAUCCGACAGCAUGAUAUCUGCAUUGGGAUUCUACAAAUCUUUUAUAUCCCCACUCCUGCCGCCGGCUUGUCGCUUUGUGCCAACAUGCUCCCAGUACGGAGUUCAAGCCAUUAAGGAAUUUGGUCCCGGCAAAGGAGCCGUCUUGAUUUCAUGGCGAUUGCUACGAUGUUCACCGUUCGGGGGCAAGGGAUUCGAUCCGCCACAGUGGCCACCAGUGUCCUACACUUAUGGAAGUUGGUCGUGA